AUGGCAAAGAAACAGAAAGUCUCAGAUUGUGGAGUUGAUAAUUUUAAUUGGAAACCUACGUUUGUGUUAUCUGAUGACGACACGCAGCCUGUAGAACUGGUAAAUAUUCUUGCUGCAUCGAUAACAAAUCGGCAGGAUACAUCCCAGAUUCUAAAAUCUCUCUCAGAAUUGUUUCCAUUGAAUGGACUCCAUCACUUGAAACGGGUAAAAUCUUGCAAAGGUGAAACAAAAAAUGACGUAGCGUUACAAAUUAUUAUAUGCUUAGCCAGUGAUCAACACAGCCAGUCAAAACAUGUAAGCUUGAAACAGAUCUUUGGCGAUAAGCCUUUUGCGGGUAAAGGUUUGGGACCACCAUUUUUAACCAAAGCUGCCAAGUUUCCACCCAGGACAAGACAGCAGUUUAAAGAUGCCUCCAUAUACUGGCCAACUUCUUUCCAUGAAGAUAAACACCUGACCCGUGCCAUCGCAGGACAACUAUUUACUGUGUCAGAAAAACAUAAAAUUCAGUGUUACAUGGAGAAAGCUGUGGCUGUUGCCAAGACUGGCAAAGAAAGAGGGCAAGCACCGAUUGGUGCUGUGAUAGUCGACCCGAUCAAUGAAGAAGUAAUUGCAGUGUGUCAUGACUUAAGAAAUGUCGGGAGACAUCCAUUCUUCCAUGCUGCGAUGAUAUGUAUUGAUCUUGUAGCAGCAAGUCAGGGUGGUGGUACUUAUAAAUACAAUGAACCAGGCUUCUACAAUAAAAACAGCCAAUAUAACUCAGCAAACCAGGAAUGCAAGGAAAGCAGCACAAGUGAUGUAAACAGCAUUUCAGGGAACCACAAGGAUCCAUGUGCAUGUAACACAAAUGGAGAAGAUGGAAUUUCCACUCAACAGGUCACAACAGAUAACAUCGCAUUGCUGAGUGGAGACAAGUCUGGACCAUACCUUUGUACUGGAUAUGACCUGUAUAUUACACACGAACCCUGCAUUAUGUGUGCCAUGGCUUUAGUACAUUCCAGGAUUAAUAGGGUAUUCUAUGGAAUAAUGUGCCCUAAUGGUGCACUAGGUAGCAGGUACAAGAUACACACACAGUCUGGACUGAAUCACCAUUUUGAAGUUUUUAAAGGAAUUUUGGAAUUGGAUUGCAAUCAGCUGUUGAAAACUUGAUUUUAGUAAAUAUCUAUAUACUGAAUUUAACCCUUAAGGUUAGAGAUUGACCAUUUUAAAUCAUUAAGAUUAAAACAAAUGCAAUCUUAGAUACCGAGAGAAAAAAAUUGCAAGCAAGAUGCAAGAUGUUACAGGAAAAACUGUUGGCAUUUUGAAGAAAGAUUAAGAUCUAGAGACAACCC